GCCCGCCUCGGAUGCGCCCACGCCCUGGAGGAGGCCGCCGCCGCCCCUGGAGAUGCAGCCCGGAGCCGCCGGGGAAGCCAGCUGGGCUGCGUGAGCGAGGAAGCCACCCAGCCGCAACCCGCAGCAGCGCCUUCCCGGCUUUGCCGUCGGGCUCGGGGGGCAGCAGCAGGACGCCGCCGCCGCCGCCGCGCCCUCCUUUGCGCGCCGGAGGCAGAAGCCGCAGCAGCGCGCGAAGAGCAGCCUGGGGCCGCCCGCCGUCCCCGGCCCGCGCCGAGAGCCCCCCUUCCUGCCGGCCCCUCCUCCUCCUCUCGAGUCCCGCCCGCCCGCCGCGGCCGCCAGCUGCCCUAGCCGGGCCACACCCUCCGCUGUUCUUCCUGAUCGCGCCGGGGAGGGAGAUGCCCGGCUGCCUUCUCCUGCCUAGCGUGCAGAGGCGCCGAUGGCGUGGGCUCGCCGCCGCUUGCCGGGCCGCCGCGGGCACCCCUCGGGUUGGGGACGGUAACGAGGAUCCUCGCUGGCUGCCCCCGACGCGUUUCUAGCAGCCUGGCCUCGGAGCCAAUCCUCGCCAACGGGGAACUUUUCGGUUUGGCGUUUGUCGGCUGCUUCUUUUGGAUGCCAGCCUAGCCUGGGUUCCCAGCGCCUCUGCAAACGACGAGCCGUCCACGCUGCGAAGAGCAAGGCCACCUCUGCUCGCCGCCCCCCCCACCUUAAAAACAACCCCCAGCCCCAAGAGAAUUGAUCAUGCCGUGCAGGGAUCGGGGGUUCGAGGGUCCCAAGAGGCAGCAGCUGCUCCAGCAGCACCCAGGGGCCCCUGACUUCUCCUGAAAGAAGCUGGCACCGGUUCACUGUGAAAGGGGAGGGGCGCCCAGGGCCACAGCCCUCCCUGACUUCGGAUUUGGGCCCCUUUCCACCUGCUCCCCUCUCUCCCUCCAGCACCCAAAGACUUUAUUUUUUUAUUUGUGGAGUUUAAUGGAAUGAUGGUGCGGAAAAGGCAGAGAGAUCCUGCCGGGCUCAGCGGGGACUCCUCGGGAGGUGGCGGCGGCAGCAGGGGUGGCGGCGGCGGCGGCAGCAGCGGGGUCCCAAGAGGCAUGCGAGUGCCCCUCCGGCACAAUGGCUAGCGGCGGCUCUGGCAAGUCGACCAGCGAGGCAGCCACCCCCAGCGGCACCACCGUGCAGCGCAAGAAGCUCGUCUCCGUCUGUGACCACUGCAAGAUCAAGAUGCAGCUGGUGGCAGAUUUGCUCCUGCUGUCCAGCGACAGCCGGCCGGUCAACACCGAGAGCCUGUCCGUCUUCGGGGAGUCCUUCGAAAAGUGCAGGGACACCAUCAUAGCUAGGACCAAAGGCCUGUCCAUCUUGACCCAUGAUGUCCAGAGCCAGCUGAACAUGGGACGCUUUGCCGAGGUGGGGGACAUCCUGGUGGAGAUGGGGGAGCUGGUGGUCUCCCUGACGGAGUGCUCUGCCCACGCGGCCUACUUGGCUGCAGUGGAGACCCCGGGGGCUCAGCCUGCCACGCCCGGCUUGGUGGACCGCUACAAGGUGACCCGCUGUAAGCACGAGGUGGAACACGGGUGUGGGAUCCUGAAGACCACCCCGUUGGCCGACAUGAGCCCUCAGCUCCUGCUGGAGGUCUCCCAGAACAUGUCCAAGAACUUGAAAUUCCUGACGGACACCUGCGUCCUGGCUAGUGAGAAAUCCAAGGAUAAAUUCGCCAAGGAGCAGUUCAAGCUCAGCGUCAAGUGCAUGAGCACCAGCGCCUCUGCCCUAUUGGCAUGCGUCAAGGAAGUCAAGACUUCACCCAGCGAGCUGACGCGCAACCGGUGCGUCCUGUUCAGUGGCCCCUUGGUGCAGUCUGUCUGUGCCCUGGUGGGCUUUGCCAUUGAGCCUCAGUUUUUGGGCAAAGCCGCUACCAUCAACCCCGAGGGCAAAGCUGUGCAGACCGCCAUUUUGGGAGGGGCCAUGAGCGUUGUCUCUGCGUGUGUGCUCCUUACCCAAUGCCUCAGGGAUAUAGCCCAUCACCCCGACAGUAGUUCCAAAAUGACUGAAUACAGGGAAAGGUUGAGGAACUCGGCUUGCGCCGUCUCGGAUGGCUGCAACCUGUUAUCUCAGGCACUAAGAGAGAGGUCUUCGCCGCGGACUCUACCGCCAUUGAACUCCAAUUCUGUGAAUUAAUCUUUUCAAUUUAGAUACCACGGUCACUGCUAACAGAACACAUGCUAGGCCACCCUCUCCUGACUCUUGUUUUGUGUAUACCAAAGAAUUCAUGUAGAUGAGCCCAACUUGAUUAUAAUUUUUCUCCCUUUUGGCAUGGUGAGUCAGCGAAGCUCCAUCCUUUAAACUGUUUAGAAAUAAUCAAUAUUGAAUGGUUGAUCUUUGUAGUGGGGAGAGAGCAAGAUUCCUUAAAAAACAUCAAAGUUGAUUCACAUAUGUAUCUUCAUUAUUUAGUUUCGGCCUACGAGCAAGCAAGUGGUUACAGAAACAGUUUAAAGUUUUAUAAGAUGGGGAGGCAGGAGAACUUUUUUUAAAAGGAAAAAAAAAAGCUUUAACCGCGCUGGGUGCGGUUUUGAGGUUCUUUUUUUUUUUUUUUUUGGUGGGGGCUUUUUUGUUUGUUUGUCUUCCAGGAUUUCCCUUCCAAAUUUUACUGUUCAGUUAUGCAGGAAGAAGAAAAAAGUUACCUCAGUUUUCAUACAGUCUGAAAGAAGCAAAACUUUAACGAUGGAUGUAGCUACCUUUUUUUCUUUCUCGUUUGUUUUGUAUGAUUACUUUUUGAAUCAAGUGUUAGGUUAGAAGUGGAUUUGCUGUGUGGAGUGGAAAAGGAGUGGAGACUGGAUGUGAUUUUCAGACUGGGGGGAAAAGCUACUGUGAGUGUGUUAAAUGGAAAACAAAAAUUACACUAUAACAAGAAAGUGAUUUGGGUUUCUUUUCCCCAGUAUAAAAAAAAAAACAAAAUCUUGCAUGUACUGGAGUAUUUAUUUCAUCUAUUAAAAUGUUACGUUUCUCAGA